AUGAUUACUAAUUUCAAAGAAUUACCAAGCAACUCUUAAACUAUCAUCAAUGCCCUUAAAGAUCUCAAUAUAUUAGACAACAACAAUGAAUUCUAAUCCUAAUAGUAAAUUUCUAUUCGUCUUUAAUCCUUUUUUGAGAAUGCACAACAAAAAGUACUAAUAUACAUCCAUUAUUGUAGUCACAAUUCUUAAAGUCUUUAUUUAAAAUAUUUGAAAAAGAGACAUAAGAAGAGGGAAAUUUAUAAAAAAAGUUAAAACUUUUACUUUUCCUUCAUAUUCUUUUAAGUUCAUCAAUAGCUAGAUCUGAAUUAUCUAAAAUUUUUAUAUCAAAACAAAUCAAUAUUCAAAUCAACAACACUACUUUAGGAAAGGUUUGUCAACAAUAUUAUUUUUAUCUAUAUAAAUUAGCAUCUUAAACUACAUUUAUAAAUGAAGACGUAAUCAAUGGUGAUAUAUUAAUAUAUUUCACAUUAUCAAAUUAAUGUAAUUUAGGAAUUAGCAUUUAAUCCUUAAUUGAAGAUGUAGAAUCAUUCUAAAAUAAUUAAUUGAUUGGGAAUAUAGUUAAAUCAAUUUAUUACGAUUUGCAAAACAUAGCUAUUUUUAUAAUAAAAGAUGUGAAGUCGCUUAUUGAAAAUUAACAUAAUAUUAAAUAGAACAAAUUACAUAUUCUUGAAUUAUAUAAGGAAGUAAAAUCUUAUUUUAAUAUGUUAGUGUUAAGUACUUUAAUAAAAGAUGCUUGGGUUUUAUCGAUUCAAUCGUCAUUUUUCUCAUUUUAACUAAAUUAUGCCUCCUUUUUCAUUAAUUAUUGAAUAACACUACCUUAAAGAAUUACAAGACAAUAAACCAAAAAUUCACUCUCUAAAACAUUUGUCUAAGCUAAGUGAAGAACAUAUUAAAUUUUAGCCCUAGACUUCUAAAUAAAGAUAAAUGAUAUAAUUUGAAUUUGUAGAAAAGAAACAACAACAAGAAUCUCCUCAGUUUUCAUUUUCAAAUUGA